CAAGAUUGAGGCGGUGAGUAACUGGGAGGUUCCAAGGAAUGCAAGUGAUAUUCGCAGUUUCUUGGGGCUAGCUGGCUAUUACCGUCGCUUUAUAGAGGGCUUCUCAAAAAUAGUUCAACCAUUGACCCAGCUGACUAAGAAGUCAACCAGAUUUGUGUGGAGUCCCCAGUGUGAGGCGAGCUUCCAGGAGUUGAAGACGAGGCUCACUACUGCACCGGUAUUGACCAUACCCGACCCGACUUUGGAGUUCACUAUCUUCAGUGACGCUUCGAAGAUGGGCUUGGGUUGUGUGUUAAUGCAGCAGGGGAAGGUUGUGGCUUAUGCUUCGAGGCAGUUGAAGCCUCAUGAACUGAACUAUCCUACCCACGACCUAGAGUUAGCAGCUGUGGUUCACGCAUUGAAGAUUUGGAGGCAUUACCUUUACGGAGGGAAGUGCGAGAUUUUCACGGACCACAAGAGUCUGAGGUAUCUCUUCACGCAGAAGGAGUUGAACAUGAGACAGAGGAGGUGGCUGGAGCUCGUCAAAGACUACGAUUGCACGAUUAGCUACCAUCCCGGGAAAGCUAACGUGGUCGCAGAUGCCCUUAGUCGGAAAGGUCGUGGUGAGUUAGCCUGUAUCCUAACCCAGCAGGAUGAGUUGGUUAGAGAGUUCGAGCGGCUAGAGUUGGAGGAGGUGGAGCUGACUUCUGGAGCCAGUGGUACUGUAGCAGCACUGGUUGUGGGACCGACUCUACGAGAGAAGAUAGUAGCCGCUCAGCCGAGUGAUCGUUUUCUUUGUCGGAUGCGAGAGUUGUCUCGGGCCGGCAAGAUAGGAGGAUUUGCAGAGACACCUGAAGGAGCAUUGGUCUUCGAGCAGAGACUAU